AAGGGCAACGAAUAAUCAAUGAAUUAAUCUCUCCCCGUUAUUCUAUCUCUCUCUGGCUAUGUCUCUCCCUCCUGUAAUUUGUCUAGUUCUUCUCCUAAUCCUCUAAUCCCUUCUAUCUAUUCCCAAUUAUCUCAAUCCAUAGUGAUGAAAGCUGUUCAUGAUAAUCCAAUUUGUAGUGAGUCCACUACAACUGGUAUCAGAGCGGUCGAUUCUCCGACCGCUACGAUGGCCGCUGCAACAACUAAAGCUUCACAAGUAGAACCGAAAAUUGAAGAAUUAACCAGUAGGGUUGAUAUCUUAGAACAAGAUAAAUAUGAAGCCAGAAAAGCAUUAUAUAAUGAAUUAUUUGAUUUGAGAAUGAUGUCUAUACGUCUAAUCUGGGAUAAGAAUUCACCAGAUCGUGAUUUUAAUCUUCUACAAAUUUAAACUCUCAUCUCCAUCGCCGAGAAGAAGUUGGAAUCACUACAAGUUGAAGUGGUUGGGGAUUCGGACGCUACGGAGGUGGAGGAUGAGAUUGUCACGGAAGAUGUGAUAAUUGAUUCAAAUUCAGCUAGUAAUUUCACUGAACAAUAUUCAAACCCACCAGUACCCGAUGAAGUUUUAGAUUCUACAACAACAACAAAUCACUCUCACAGAUGUGGUAAAUCGGAGUCCGAGUAAGAAAUCGGUGAAAAGCUAGAAUCGACUACAAUUGCUGCCAAAUCAGUUUCAGAUAAAGGUAAACCAUUCAAUUGUGGUAAUGAAUCUGGUGUUGAUGAUGUGGGUUUUCAAGCUAGAGGGGCUAUAGAGAGUGAGUGGAUGGAGUUUCAAGGGCAAUGUGGGAUUUCUAAAGUUACAGCUGAGGUAUUGUUUUCUCACGAUCCUUGGUUGUGCACGAAGUAUUUUGAUCAGUGCAAGAUGUCUCGAUUGUAACAUGUAUAAUACUGGAAAGGUAUUUGAUCGGGGACGGUGGGUAGGACCGAUUAUAAGUAGUUCUAAAUUAUGCUUGAAUAUUCUUACUUCUGAUAUGUUGGUUCUUACAGAGUGUACUUCGAUAAAUGAGUACAAUGGGAAAUUUUUUUAUGAGCUAAUUCUAGCACUUCGAUACUGUUCACAACCAUUAUGGGAGUAUUCAAAUGUACUUGUGUAUGUGUUUCUGAGCAAUAGUGACAGGCAGGUUAAUUGCAAGCUCCUUGAAGAAAUGUUGCAGCUUCUUAUUGGUUUCCACACUUUGGCUACUGCUCGACAUGACCUUCCUUGUGACAGUAGAGUGUUGGGUUUUUCGUUACAAGACAAGAGGCAUUAUAGAUGUGUAGAGUUCUGCAAAAGAACUAUGGGGAUUAACGCUUGUGAAGUCUUCUGUACAGGUUCUUGGCAUGUUGAUAAUGGUGGUGAAUGGAAUGAACAUGGCAGUUUAAUAAAGACUCAGUCGAAAGUUGCAGUUCUGUGGUGUGCCUUCACGAUGGUUAAGGUAUUUAUGUACUAUACUCUAGUAGGUAUUCUCACCUGGGUUGCUGCUCCGCAAUACAAACUCGUCCACAGUCAGUUAUUAGGUUUACUAAUUCGAAUAAGAGGAGUGGAGUUCUGCAAAAGAAGAGUGGAAAACAGAUGUUAUGCGUUGCUCAGUCAAAUGUGUAUAGAAGAUGUUGGUGAAAGGUAUUGGAUAAUGUCAGCUUUUGUGAGAAACUUCCUUCUUGGAUUUUUACAUGAUCUUCACAUAGGAAAAUAUAAAAACCUCAAGUUGGAACCAAGUACUGGCACUGCUAAACAACCUUCUUGUGGCACUAUUCGAGAGGGUGAAGCUAUUUCCACAGUAUUUGGUGGGAUAUAUAUGAUGAGAGCUGUGGAGAUGAGAUCGAUAAUACAUCAGCUGGAUACGUCAGCUUCAGUUUACAGAACUAAUGACUUAAAAGUGAUGAAGGACCACUACUUUUCGGCAAUCAAGUUUCAGCAGCUAAAAACUCUUCCUCUUGAGAAGGGUAGGAAGUUUGAGUUACUCGUCAGGAAUGUGGUAGUUAAUCCCUUAACAUCGGGAAUGUGUUUGCGACAACAACUCCUACGUAUACAAGGUUAUUACAUGGAAGUAAACAUGAAGAUUCAUGCUCUAGACUCAACUAGUAAUGAAGACGGUAUGCUCAAGGGUGCUUAUACAGUCAAUUGCGGCUACAAUAGAAUCAUGGCCAAGCUUAAUAUCUGCAAUUCACUGUUAAGGAAUCAAUGGGUUGUGAACUGUAUCUUGAAGUAUGCCAAGGUCGCAUCCACCUUUAUUACUGAAUUCGAGAAGCAGCUACAACAACUGUGUCUUCCAUUAGCCGAGCUCAACUAUCAAUCCUCUACAACCAGGCUCAUUUUAUACUUUCCAUCCUUGAGGACAAGGAUGAUUCGGAGAGGUGGGUAUUUGUCAUGUACCUGGGGUAGGAUAGAAAGGGUAAUUGUGGUAGUUUGUUAUUAUUGUAAGGGCAAUCCGGGUAUUGGUGUCGUGGGACAUUUCUACAACUAUAUAGGCCGUGGAUGUUGUAAGGAAGGAUAACGAAUAAUCAAUGAAUUAAUCUCUCCCAGUUAUUCUAUCUCU